AAUUAAACGUACUCACGCAAAUGUAAUCAUUUCCUUAAUAAGAACGAUGUUUUCUGUUCAACCCACGCUGUCAAUGUGUUUUCAAGUUUAGAAAAAAACAAGCAAGAUGCGUUUCUGUUCCAAACAGUGUUUAGUUUUUUUGUGUAUUUUCACAAAACUUCUGCAGGUAGCAGGCUUUAACAUUGAUGAACGGAAUGCACAUAUAUUAUCUGGUGAUAAUGGGAGUUAUUUUGGAUUUUCUGUUGCCAUCAUAGAAAACGACAGCGUAUUCAUAGGAGCACCUAAGGCAAAUGACAGUAAGAUUUCCAGUGUCUAUGAGCCCGGAACCGUCAAUAAGUGCCCAGUGGUUCAUGGGAAACCAGCCAACUGUGACAAGUUCGAAAUAGACUACACACUCGGCGGCGACAAAGUUACGACGAAUGGAGUAUCUAAAUAUUUCACUCAUGGCAAAGACGGUCAAUGGUUGGGCGCCAGUUUAGAUUUACCCUCGGACCCCAACUCCCCAGCCGGCAUCGUGACAUGUGCUCCUCGAUGGCACAACACCAAGAACAUAGAUUGGUAUAUGAAUGGCAUUUGUUACAUUAUACCACGUGAUUUGACGGUAAAAAACAUUAAAAAACUUCCUUUACUGGUCAAUGGCAGCAGAGCCACGUACGACAUGGACGAGAAUAAUAAACAGUAUGACUGGGGGAUGGCUGGGCUCGGAUUCGAUGCCCACUAUACGAAAGAGAUGAAGCAUAUACUGUUUGGAGCGCCAGGAUUGAAAUACUGGACAGGUGGCUUCGUUGACCUGGACUCGCUCCUUGACACGGCAAAUGUCAUGGAAACAAAGCCGAGCUUAACCAAAGAGACACUGUCUUCUUUAGCUGGUUCGGCAGUAACCAGUGGCUUUUACGACGGCGGUCAAGUGGAAUACUACGUCAUAGGUGUUCCAAGAGCAAAUCUUAUAGGACAGGUUUUGGUAUUUGAAGCCGAGCAGAAUCAAUACAAUUUCGACGUUCCAGCCUUGAAAAUCGAUCCCGUAGAGGGAGAAGACAUGUCGGUUUUGCCAAUGAAUUCCUACUUCGGGGCAUCCUUCUGCACGGCUGACGUGAACGGUGACGGAGCAGAUGAUCUUUUUGUAGGGGCCCCUCUGCACAGCCCGGAGGGGCCAGAUGGGAGGCUCAUCAUCGAUGUAGGAGCGGUGUAUCUGUACAUGGGACCAUUCAAUCAGACUGUACGACCCUUUUAUCCCAACCUGACGUUGAUUGGCCGAGGGGCGUCGGGUGGCCAAUUUGGAACCGCUAUUGCAUCACUCUAUGACACCAGUAAAGACGGAUAUACAGACAUUGCCAUUGGGGCCCCAUAUGAAGAUGAUCUGCACGGUGCAGUGUAUAUCUACAAUGGUUACAAGAAGGGGCUUUGGCCCACGUUUUCACAGAGGAUCGCGGCCAUUGCCCUCCCGAAUGGGCUUUCACUAUUUGGAUUUGGCGCUUCUAUUGCCAGAGCUGCAGACUUGAACGGUGAUGGAAUAAAAGAUACCAUUGUCGGGUCGUAUUUGUCUGACAAAGCAGUUGUUCUGUACGGCCAACCAGUGAUUAGUCUGGAAGCUAAGCUGAGUGUUUUAGAUGCCAGUAAUGAGCAGAACAUUCAGUUUCUCACCAAGAAUACAAGCAAUGUGAAAGUAAAGGCUUGCUUCAAGUACACAUACCCAAUGUGCUAUAAAAUCUACGUUGGUGUGGUAUUUCGACUUGACACCUUAAAGCCAGAGAGGGAACGGGUAGUGUUCAAAAGGACAGGGUCUUCGGAAGCUGGCGCGAACGUAACUGUUCUUUCUGACACGGAAAAGUGCACUAUAACAUACACUGACGAGUUCCUUCUACUGACAAAAUCACCUAAUGAUCUUGUCAGCGAAAUAAAGAUCGAAGCAGAGUACGAGAUUAGCAAAAUACUCUGUUCCUCUGAUAUUAGCCCUACAAUAAAGAAAUUUGAUGGCAACAAUCCAGGCGACCCCUUGCUAUUGUUAGAGCAAAAGGUUCAGUUCAGGAAAGAUUGUCCAAACAAUAUCUGCAAGACGAACCUCCAUCUGACCACCAAAGCUCAUUAUCAAAGAGCAGAUGGAUUUCUUGUAAUCGGUACGCCUGAUUUCUCUGUGGAUGUCUACAUUACCAAGACCGGAGAUCCUUCUUAUGGCUCCAUUUUCUACCUGCUUGUACCGAACUUUUUGAAUUAUGUGAGAGUAAAUGAACAAAUGGGCGAUGGUGAAGUAAGCUGCUCUUUGAUCACCAAAGGGAGUAAUGUUGGUCCACAAAGUCGGUACGAGUGGUUGGGUUUUUUACAACGAACAAACUUUACAGAAGAAAAUGAUACAAGUUCUGUUCUGAUGUGCUUAUUUGGUAAUCCGAUGUACAAUGACAGCGGGGUAAAGGUCACUGUUCGAUACAAACUACCAAGCCACAUCACGACAGAUAGAUUUGAGGUUCGCACAUUUGCAACAUCUCUUAGUGAAGAACUGAAUGGUAUUGACAACGAAGAAAUGCUUGAAAUCAAAAUGAAGCAUGUAUAUACAACACAAUUGUCAGGUGUUUCAUCUCUGGAGUCAAUAUUCAUAAGCGAUUUAAAACUUCAAGAUACUGUUGAACACACGUUCGCCUUUGGUAACCUUGGACCGAGCCAAGUUCCAGAUGCUGCGGUUUCAGUUCAUAUUCCUCAAGUUCAGAGGGACGGCAAAGCCCUUCUUUGGUUGAACAGGACUAACGUCAGGUGUAGUUCGCCUUGUUCAGUAGAAUGCCAGUUACAGGGAAGCAGUGUGUUCCCAGAUGUGUUCAUGGAUGUGAUUGGUCGACAAUGGAUUCACAACACCAGAACCGAACUGGACCCAGCCCUGCCGGACAUAAAUCACCUGGAUUGCAGUACGUCUACGUGUACAUCGCUUUAUUGCUCCGCAAAAAACAUCCGACCUGAAAACAGUAUGGUGGUCAUUCUGAAGUUCAGUGUAUCUCAGCUAUUUGGAACCCUAGCAAAGACCCGGCAGACAAUACCAUUUUUAUCUCGGGCAAACACAACAGACACAGGGACUAGCAAACCAGAACUAGAGGCAAAGAUCAUCACAAAAGUAGUCCCAAAGCAGCCGUUAAAACAGGAAGUGGAAUGGUGGGUGAUACUCCUCAGCAUCUUGGGAGGAAUCAUUUUCAUAGGAAUUCUCGUUUUCAUUCUGUAUAAGUGUGGCUUCUUCAAGCGAAAAACACGAGAAGACAUGGUGAGGAAACUCGAAAAGCAACAAAACACAAGUAAACAGUACGAGCCAAAAGAUUCUUUCACCGACAGUGAAGAGGGCGUUAUUGAUAACGGAGAGACACUUCCUGGGAAACCGAAAGUGUGAAAAAUGAGAACUAAAACGAACAGGAAAGGUGUAAAGGAUAAAAAAAAUCAUCAGAAUUUCUAAAUUGUAAAAAGAAGAAAGGUUAAAAAAUAAAGUGUAAAAAAGGGCAAUAUCAUAUCGUAAAACAGAAAUAAAUGAACGAUAAAAGAAACUAAAUGUAAUAUAAAUGUAAAGAUCAUAAAAGGAAUCACAAUUGAAAUUUAAGGUUCUGUAACGUUUGACAUAUUAUUUUGUCAAAGUUUUAUCAAUGGUUUCUUGUUGAGGUUACAUGUAAACACAUCUAAGAUAUGAAUGUGCCUGUGUAUUAUAGCAUUAACAUAUUAAACUGAUAAUUAUUGGCAAAAUGAUUGAUGUUAUUACGAAAACUGAAACGAUAUUAAAAGGUUAGAAGGUAGGCAUGUGUGAAUUUUUGUGAAACAUUCUGAUCUGAAACUCAUCAAUGUGCAAAGGUCCUAGUUUCGAAUAUUCUAGCACUUGUAGCUCUUGUCGUGUACGUAUUAGUUUAUAUUACCAUAUCUGCGGUUUGAAUUAUAUUUUUUCUGCUUUGUAUGGCGCAUCUUUUGCAACAUGUAUUAUGAUUAUGCUAAGUCAUUCUUUGUAUGGGUUAUAUUUCGAACUUUGUUUGUAAAUGUAAUUUGUUUUCAUUGAUAUAUAACAGUGAAAUCUAGAGCAUUUGUAUAAAAGGCCCAAAGAAAACUUACAACGGUAAAGGUAAUUUUUAUUUUACGUCGCAAUGAUGAACAUUUAAGACAAGCCCUGUGGUGCUUGGAGCGACGGAAAAAUAACAUUUUUAGGCUGUAGGCCGCUAGGCCUGCAGACUUUUAUAACCGUAUCUCGGAUAUCGCAUCGGCAGAUCGACAUAACAUUUUUCACUAUUGGCGAAUUAAUGCGCGCACGGGCGUAUCAACCCCAGCGCGGUUUAAACUGCGGUGGUCACCGACCUAAUUUACAUUUACAUUCACAUCGAACAUACCUCGUAGGCAAUAGCUACGGACUGCGUUCUGCAUAUUAAUAAGCUUGCUAUAAAUAACGCUGUAAUGAGUCCUUAAUCUAUGUUAUGCGGUUAAUACAGUUCGAAUAAGCUGCGUUUUGCGUAAUAUAACGCAAUUUAAUUGUACAAUAACCAAUUAUUUUAAUAUCGGCGAGUUACAGAACGCAAUAUAAAAAGCAGAAUCCUAUAUACCUCUGUUUCGAUUUUGCUUCGGCAGCAGACCGAUAAUAUCUACAUGUACACUGUAGUUUAAAAUAGAAUGUGGGUCAUCGUAUUCGGACAGGUGUACUCCCCGGAAAUAAACUCUGCGAAGUCGUCAAAACCUGGAAAACAUAUAGAUCAUAUUAUGAUGCAAUUUUAAUUAAGCGUUUAAUAUAAAUUCAUAAUAUUUUAAAUGAAUGCAUCAUUUUAUCCUACAAUCAUUAUCUUGGGGGGAUUUAGUUAUUUCAUGAGUACAUUUUCUAUGUUUUAAAUUUCUUGACAUUUUUUAUUGAGAUUGUUAGUUUAUAUUUGUGUUUGUAAAAUGUAUGUCGUAUAAAACCAUUAUCUUGUUUAAGAACAUACUAACAACCUUUUAACCAUUAAUAAAUGAAUAUUAUACACUUUUACCACUCAAAUUAAAUGGCGUAAAACGUUGACAGGCUAUCGACCUGCUACAAUUUGUGUCAUAGCCAUGUAAUGCCGAACGGAAAGUAUGUAAAUAUUUCUCAGUUUGUCUCAGUAAUUUCAGUCCAUAUUUUGAGCAUGUAGCAUGAUGCAUAUGCAUAUAAAAAAAAAUAAAAACCUGAUAUAAUC